AUGUCUGCUUACGCUUCCGAAUACCCGCCAGUCGAAUUCGAGACAGCCUACAAGAGGUUCUUCGAGGAAUUCUACGCUACGUCAGACACGCCAGAUGCGCAUGAGAAGUAUGUUGAGAACUUCACUCAGAAUGCGACCUUGGUAAUGGCAUCGAAGAAAGCCCAGGGCUCAGAUGAGAUCCUUGCGCUUCGUAAAGGAAUGUGGGAGAAGGUCGCUAGUAGGAAGCAUAAGGCGAUUAAGAUUUUUCCGUUCGGUCCCAACUCAAACGAAGCCAUGCUGUAUGGGACAGUCCAGUACGGUCUGAAGGCUGGCGGUGAGUCUGGCCUCGAGUGGGCGGCGCGUGCGCACCUCGUCAGGGAUGCCGGAAAAGUGAAGAUGGACUUCUAUCAGGUUUAUCUGGACACUGGGGCACAAAGUAAGUAG